GGCGCCCAAUGCGGGAGAGGCGGGUGGGACGAUCAGGAGAGGGGGUUGGUUGCAGCGAGGCCCGGCGGCGCGGCUGAGAGCGGCAGGGCUCUGUGCUGGUGACCGCCAGGCGGUGGCUUGGUCCUGGCAAUGCCUGGGGCGCUAGCUGGUUCCAAUCUAAUUUAACACAAUGUCACAACAACGAGUCCUGCCCCAGAGUAAAGAAACCCUCCUACAGUCCUACAACAAGAGGCUGAAAGAUGACAUCAAGUCAAUCAUGGAUAACUUCACAGAGAUCAUCAAGACUGCUAAGAUUGAAGAUGAAACCCAAGUCUCUCGAGCGACCCAGAGUGAGCAGGACAACUACGAGAUGCACGUCAGAGCUGCCAACAUUGUCCGAGCUGGCGAGUCCCUGAUGAAGCUUGUGUCCGACCUGAAGCAGUUCUUGAUCCUCAAUGACUUCCCCUCUGUGAACGAAGCCAUUAACCAGCGUAACCAGCAGCUGCGGAGCGUGCAGGAAGAGUGUGACAAGAAGCUGAUCUCGCUGAGGGAUGAGAUUUCUGUUGACCUGUACGAACUAGAAGAAGAAUAUUACUCUUCCAGGUACAAAUAGGGCCGUGGACUCACACAUACUAACAAGCCUCCUCUUGUCUCUAGCCCUUUCUGAGAAACAGGAUAGGAGAGCAGAUGGUCCUUAAGACACAAGCCUAAAUGGAUAUUUCCCCUUAAAAUUCACACCUGUGUUUUUAAUUAGAUCAAACUUGUCUUCUACAACCUAAAACAAGCCAUCGAGAUGCUAAGCAGUCAGGCUGGUAUGAGGAAAAGCCUUUUUCUGUGCCAGUUCUUUCACAAGUGUCCUAACUACAUAACGUGCCUAUUCCUUAUAGCUCACCACCAACAACUGUCUGGAAUCUAUUUAAAAUGAACUAAAGGGACAUCAUCAAGUAGCUUAGAAUCAGCAUUUUUUCUCUCUCUAGCAGGGUGAGAGGGUUGGUGGGUUUUUGUUGUAAAACCUACCCCUAAUGUAUCUUUUGUGAAAUCUUUUUAAAGACUUUCAAUAGAACAUAGGUACUGGUGAAUACAAUUUUUUUUUUCUCUCCUAAUAUGGUUGCAACCCCCAACGUGGCUAGUUAAUGAGAUUUAGUAAAUGAAAGUUUCCAGAAUCAGAUCUGACAGGGACUAGUUCGGUUGCCCUGUCCGAGGUCGGUGAAGUGCAACAAGGUAAUCAACAGCAUAAAUGGUGAAAAGCAAACUAGCUCUUUAAACUUCUUUCACUUUUAAUAAGCUUUGAUAAGCUGAUUUUUAUUUUAGGGAAUUAAAAAAAAAAAGGUUUAGUGGUAGUUACAGAUGCUUGAGUCAACUGGAACUUUGAAAAUCAGGCCAUAAUUUACUGGUAAUGCAGGUAUUUUAGAAAUAAAUGUUAGCCCAACAGCAUCCCUUUAAAAUUGAUGCAUUAGUUUAAGAAAACUUACCUUUCAUAGCUGGGAAAAGGAGAGCAACAAUUAUAAAAAGAUGUCUUAUGACAGUGAGAGGCCCAGUAAAUAUUUUGGAGAUGAGUGGAAAGGGAGUUGAGUAGGGUUACACAACGCUGACUGAUCUAAGGAAAACUUCAGGUCUUAACUGGGUCAGGACUUCAUUAUUUCAUUAAUUGAUAGACAACAUCCACUGCUGUGGUGGUCGAACAGAAGUGUGUGAGGUUAUGGUGACCCAAAUGUGAGCCUGUGGUCUGUGUAUGUGCCAUUGUAAACAGGCUCUGGCAUGUACACGAGUAAUUCUAAAAUGGUUCUUUUAAUCUUUGGACCAAUGGGUUCUGACCAUGCUGGUGUGGUCACUUAUCUACCUAGCUCUGAAACUGCACUAAGCCAUCAUUCCUAGCAGAACUACUGUCUAAGCAGGAGCCGGGGGGUUGUCCCCUCAUUGAACCAAAUCAAUCCAGUCUUAUUCUGUUUCUAAUACGAAGUGCUCACGUGGGGAGAAAUCUUGCCUUGAGUAUAGAGCUAUGGUCUCUUUAAUGAUGCUUCAUGUCCUGUAGCUGCACCUAACGUUUCAUCCACUGGUCCGUGAGCACUUAUUUCCUUCUCCUUCGUGUGCCAUCGUUGGCUACAGAUUUAACGCAAUCUUUAUUUCUGCACCAAAGAAACAUGUGAGUGUUUAAAUAGACACGAGUGGCUUAUUCGAAGUACUUUUAUAGAGUCAUAAGGAUUUUUUUAAUGGAAUUUUACUGUCUGAUGUGGGGAAAGGGGUUUCUAUUUUGUAUUAAACUACACGUGGCUGUAGGAUGUUAAUUGUGUUUAAAUGGCUGUAAAUGCAAGACUCAGUGUGUACAAGGGUCAACUCCUUGUACCGCCUAGGAUCAGGCAUAUCAUUGUGUUCUAUAGUGGCCUGAUCCUGCUCUCACUUAAAUUGAUGGGAGUUUUGCAGUUGACUUCAGUGGGAGCAGGACAGAAGGAUUCCACACAACCACUGUUCCAAAUUGCUCUCCCAAUCUCUGGUUUCCGUUGGUGGUUUUUCACCAUCCACAACAGUUGGAGCUUUAGAGUUUAACACCUGAAACGUUGUUUCCUGACAUCCCUUUGGGUGAAGCUGCAGAGCAUUGCGUUCUCUGCACCCAGUCUGUUAGCCUCCAGCUGGUUCCUUUGUAUUGCUAGGGCCCAUAAGUCUUUGUGCAGACAAAACUCCUGUUGACUUCACUGCUUGUCUGUGAGAGGACUAUAGAAUUAGACUCUGUGCUUUUGGGUAGGUGUCACCUGGAAAGGCAUAUUCUCACUCCCAUCACAGUACCAGGGGUUUGGAAGAUGCUCUUGCCUCAUAUACUGGUAAAUACUGCAUGUCUGUAGGGUUUUUGCUAGUAAAUACUGAUUUCAUGAGGAAAUUUGCAAGCCAAGAAUCUUGCAAAGCAACUUGUGCUUUUGUGUUCUAGGCAAGUGCCUUCCCACGUGGUCCCAAUAGUGUGGCCCCGGGGGCGUGGGGGGGGGAGGGGAUUUAAUCCUGAGCAUCAGCCUCCCAGCAUCUCCUUUGGGGUCACAUCCAGCAAAGCCUCAGGGUCCUCUCCACUUUGAGAUUGGAUGGUGCCUUGCAGAGCCCCAUAACAACUAUGAACUUGAGGUUACUGGCUGUAGAGCUGUAGUGUAAAUUUUGAGGUCUAUAAUAACCCCCCUGCCCCCCCAAAAAAAGUUAAGGGAGGGAGGGAGGAGAAGGAGAGAUGCCCACUUCCUUUCCAGAGCUGCAUUCCACCUGGAUUCUAGGCUGAAGAGUUCUUAGUAGCCCUCCUGUGUGAAGUCUGCUGGACACCAGACCCUAGUGCUCUGGGAUCCAGUCAUGAGGGGCUGAGAUCCAGGAGAAAUGGUUGGUGGAUUCAGGACUAAUUACGCCCCAGUCCUUCUUGCAUACCUCAGUGGCAGCCUUGUUUUGCAUAGACACUGAAGGAUGGAGUGAAAAGCCUUCAUACCUCAAUGAAGGGACCUCACUUGGUGAUGGUGCAAAAGCCCCAGAUGGUAAACCCCCUUCCCUUCUCUCUAGCAAACCUAGCCGGGCGACUGCGGGAAAAGAGAUGCUUUGACUUGGCAUUGGGUGAAUUCUCUGGAACUGCCAAAAACCAAGUGCUUUAAAUCAGUGACCUCCUUGUGUGCUUAUUCCCCAAAGCUGUAGCCCCGUGCACUCCGGCUUGCCUUAUCCAGCCACCUGUGGCCGGAGCUCUGAAUUCCUGGUUCACACUCCUGUCUCUGAGAGCACGGCUUGGUGACUGGAGGGUGGGUUUAGAGUUCAACCUGCUAGACACGUCUCUUCAGUUCAAAGUGUUUAGUCUCUUUUUAUAUAUAUUUACUUUAAAAAUAUUUCCCAUAAAUCUAUUAAUUUGAGUCUAUUAAUGGUAAAUAAAACAGAAACAAGAAAAUCACUGGA